CCUUGCGAACAAUUCCUUGAUUUCCCAUGGCCCUCUUUCAUCGAACGCAAUCGCGUGAAUUCCACCCAAAAAAAUUUGUGUAGAUUUAAUCUUCAUACAAAGUUAGGUCGAAGGAUAAUCUCCAGAUCAUCACUAAUUUCUGCGAAUUGUUGUGGGACUCGUUGGCGAUUGUAGAUCCAAAAUAUUUGAAAUAUAUUUAAUUUAAGACGAUAUCACUCCAAGAUUAUAAGACUAUCUAAUUUGUUAUUUAUUGAUGAUCGAGACAAGUGGCAAACGAAUAUCCAGUGAAGUCAACUAAGGAUUCUCUAGUACUUCAUUUAGCUAAUCCGAUUCAUACAAGGUUAGAAUCUCUUGUUAUAGGAUUCGAAAGCUGCCGGUAAAAGGACAACACCUCUUUCCCUUUUUUAUACGUAAAAUAUUUCAGCCCCACAUAGAUGGCUAGUAGGAAACGAAGCCUAUCGAACGAUUCGGAUGUCUCUGCACUGAUCAAGGAAUGGGACGACACCUCGUGUCCCAUAUGCAUGGAUCAUCCACACAAUGCUGUCCUUUUGAUUUGCAGUUCUCAUAGCCAAGGCUGCCGCUCGUACAUCUGCGAUACGAGUUACCGGCAUUCGAAUUGCUUGGAUCGAUUCAAGAAACUGAAAGAAGAAAUUGCAGAUCCCUCAUCUCUGCCGCCUCCAAUUCCACCACCAGAAGCUCUUAAUGAUUCGAUCGACGUUUCGAAUGGCCCUGUUGACUUGGAAACUUGGAUUCAAGCUAGUGGUUUUCAAGUUGAUUUGACGGGAACUGAAUCUGCGGCGGAGAUGGGUGUGGGUGCGGCGGAAGGGUCCGGAAGCGGCGGGCAAGAUGUGAACUUUGAUUCGGGAGUGCAGGCGGCGGCGGCGAUAAUCGGAAGCGGUGAUCUUGGGGAUAAUAGCAUCGAGAAGUCGGAAGAUUGGUCAAAUCUGAGAUGCCCUUUAUGCCGCGGAACGGUUCUCGGCUGGAAAGUUGUGGAAGAUGCUAGAAAGUACCUGAACCUCAAGUCCCGAAGCUGUUCGCGCGACUCGUGCUUGUUUACGGGUAACUACAGGGAGCUGCGCCGCCAUGCUCGGCGGGUGCAUCCGACGGUGCGCCCGGCCGAUGUCGAUCCGUCGAGGCAAAGGGCGUGGCGCCGCCUCGAGGACCAAAGAGAGUACAACGAUAUUGUCAGUGCGAUCCAGUCGGCAAUGCCGGGUGCGGUUGUGCUCGGAGACUAUGUGAUCGAAAACGGAGACAGACUGAACGUAGAAAGGGAUCGUGGUGGCGGUGGCGGUGCUGGCCAAGGCGGGCGGUGGCUGAGCACGUUUUUCUUGUUUCACAUGAUCGGGUCGAUGGAUCCGGGAGCUGAGUUACGAGGCGCCAGGCCGAGAGUUUUGCCGAGGCACCGCCGAGCCGUCGGAGCACUUUCGAGGCGGCGGUAUUUGUGGGGGGAGAAUUUGCUGGGUCUUCAGAAUGACGACGAUGACGACGAGGAAGAUGACGACGAGGAGGAGAAUGAGCGGGAGGUGAAUGUUGUCGGCGAUUUGAACGAAGAUGGGUCUCCGAAUCGGAGACGGCGUCGGCGGCUGACGAGGUCGGAGGAGGAGGAGGAUCAGCAGUAGGGUGCCCUGAUGCAACUUGAGGCUGCAUUGUCCUGAUAGAUGUUGGAGGAAUGCAGCAGAAGAAAAUGUGGGAAGCAGGAAAUGAAAUAAAAAUAAUAAUGAUAUGAAUUAUGAAUUAAUGUACAGAUGUUUUAGGUAUGGAGAAUUUCUUCAUUUAAAACCUGCUUUUGGAUUUGGAUUUGGAUUGUUUUUUAUAUACUCUUGUGAACUAAUUUACAUGACAUGGUUGGUGUGCUGUGUGCUGUUGAUUUUAUUUGUUUGUAUUUUUAUAUAGGUUUAAUUGCACAAAAUUCACGUGUGGUUUCGUGAAA